AUGUCGAACAACGUUAUCGUCGUUGGAGGUGGUCUGACUGGUUUGUCUGCCGCUCACACUGUGUUGGAGCGAGGUGGUUCAGUGGUCUUGGUAGACAAGAACUCCUUCUUGGGAGGAAACUCCACCAAAGCUACUUCUGGUAUGAACGGAACCCUUACCAGCACCCAAAUAAAGUUGGGAAUCCCAGAUUCCCCAGCAAUCUUCUAUGAAGACUCUGCCAAGUCUGCCCGUGACUUGAUCACUCCAGCAUUGACCAAGGUCUUGACCUACAACUCUGGUUCAGCUGUCGAAUGGGUACAAGAAAAGUUUGGCGUAGACCUGUCGCUCGUAUCCCGUCUCGGUGGUCACUCCCAACCCCGUACUCACCGUGGUAAAGAAAAGUUCCCUGGUAUGACCAUCACCUAUGCCUUGAUGGAAAAGUUGGAAGACUUGGCCGUCAGCAUGCCAAACCGUGUCCGUAUCGUAAAGAAGGCCAAAGUAGAAAAGCUGGUGCAGGACGACAAGGGUACCGUCAUUGGUGUCGAGUUUACUGAUGAAACUGGUGCCAAGAAGAUCGAAUACGGUCCAGUUAUCUUGUCCACUGGUGGUUACGCUGCUGACUUUACCGAAACCUCUCUCAUCAAGAAAUACAGACCGGAAUUAAUGCACUUGCCAACCACCAACGGUGAACACUCUACUGGUGAUGGUAUCAAAAUGACUGAAGCUAUUGGAGGUGCUGCCAUCCACAUGGAAAAGAUCCAAGUCCACCCUACUGGUUUGGUUGACCCUCUGGAACCAGACGCAAAAGUCAAGUUCUUGGCCGCCGAAGCCCUUCGAGGUGUUGGUGGUCUCUUAUUGACUGCUGAUGGUGUCCGAUUCUGUGAUGAAUUAGGUCAUCGAGACUACGUCACUGGAGAGAUGUGGAAGAACAAGGGUCCAUUCCGUCUCGUCCUCAACUCCAAGGGUGCCAACGAAAUCAUCUGGCAUUGCAAACACUACCAAGGACGUGGUUUGAUGAAGCACUUCAAGACUGGUGCUGCAUUGGCCUCCGAAAUGGGUAUCACAUCAUCGACCUUGGACGCUACCUUCAAAAAAUACAACGGUAUUGCUACCUCGAAGAACGACCCAUACGGAAAGAAAUUCUUCCACAACCUUCCAUUCGACAUGAACGAUGAAUUCUACGUCGCCAUCGUCACCCCUGUAUUGCACUUCACCAUGGGUGGUAUUAAGAUAAACGAACACUCUGAAGUAUUGAACUCUGCAGGUCAAAAGAUCAAAGGUCUCUUCGCUUCCGGUGAAUGUGCUGGUGGUGUCCACGGUGCCAACAGAUUGGGUGGUUCUUCGCUAUUGGGUUGUGUCGUAUAUGGUCGUGUAUCCGGUGACACUGCUUCCAGCUACUUGAUGGAACAAUUAGCUGCUGGUACUGCUGCCCGUCGUGUUGCUGGUGUUGCUGGCCACUUGGGUGGUCCAUCAAUCACCAUCAACCACCAAGGUCUCAACUUGUCCAUCAACUUUGACGGUGCUGCUCCAUCCAUCAGUACUGGUGCUGUCGCCGCUGCACCCGCUGCUGCUGCCGCUGCUCCAGCUGCUGCUCCAGCAAAGGCUGCCAUGAAGGAAUACACUGCCGCUGAAAUCGCUCAACACUCUACUGAAAAAGACUGCUGGGUAUCCGUGAAUGGACGCGUUUUGAACGUCACCAACUUCUUGAAGGACCACCCCGGAGGAAAGAAGGCCAUUAUGAUCUACGCUGGCAGAGAUGCUACCGAAGAAUUCAACAUGAUGCAUGCUGAAACCGUCAUUGACAAGUAUGCUCCAGAGACCGUCAUAGGUACCACCAACAAGCAUUAA